AUGGACUUGACAAUCUUGAGUGUCAAUUGCAAUCCUUAUGAUGUGCUGAUAACAUUUCAAGGAAAACGCAUCUCUAGCUGUGAACAUGACUACCAUGUACUAAAGAUAGAGCUACAACUUGUUCCAAAAGUGAAUGAAGACCUGGAUAUUGGACAGUUUUGCUUAGUGCAAGAUAAACCUUUUGGGUCAUGGCACAGAGGGAAAAUUUUGGAUAAGGUCAAGCAGAGGUUUGAAGUAGUCCUCAUAGAUCAAGGGAACGUAGUAAAAGUCCCAUUUGAACAAAUUGCUUCCGCUACUGGCGAGUUGUUUGAGCUUCCUCCGAAAAUAGUGAAUGGAAUCUUUGCUAAUGUGUUUCCGUUGGAUGAGAAAUGGUCCCCCAGAGCCAAAAGUUUCUUCUCCAACUUGGUUGGAGAACAAGUUAACGGACAUGUCAAAACCUUCUUACCGCAUCAAGUCAUUCUCUUGGAAGUGUCAAAAGUCAUUGACUAUGCCAUUGAACUACAAGUGGCAAAAUACAUGGAUUCGGACACAUUCUGCCUGCUUGUGGAUAUCAUUAACAAAUUCCCGGCAAAUUCCCACGGCAAGCAAAUGCCUGACUUGCUUCAACAGAGGAAGCUGACUUCAGACACCCCUCUGAGCUUGAAUGAUGAUCAACCAUGUUUCCUAAAGAUGUUGGAUUGUCUAAGCCCCAAAAUUUCUGUUGGGACCCUAGAAAAAAUAAAAAUUUCCUCAGCAGUGAGUCCAGAACGCUUUUAUUGUCAUAUACUGUCUUGGAAAACAGAGUUGCAAAAACUUACUGCUAGCAUGUGCUCGCACUACGAAACAGAUGAAAGCAAUACACAUGGACACUAUGGCGCACUUUGUGCUGCCAAGAGGAAGGACGGACUGUGGUAUAGAUGCAUUCUUCUGACAGUUUUGUCUUCCCGUGAUGUAAAAGUCUUGUUUUUUGACAUUGGUAGCAGUGAAACUAUACUGUCCAGUGAUCUUCAUCAGUUAAAGCACAAGUUCCUCUUCUUGCCUAUGUUGGCCAUCCCGUGUGCCUUAUCUAGGGUGAAUGACUUUGUAGAGAGUACAAGAAAAAUGCAGUUAUUUCUGUUUAAGCAGGCUCUGAUGGGACAUAUAGUCAUUGCACGCAUUGAAGAGUUUUGCAGCGAUGAAAAAGUUUUCAGGAUAUCGUUGUAUGAAAAGGAAUAUGAACUCAAUUCUGACUGUCAUUUGACAAACCAGCAAGUUCCACCUUUUUAUCCUAACAGCUGCCCCAAUGCUGUCAAAACUGAAUAUGAGGAGAAAAGUCCAGACGCUGCUCUGGCUGAAGCUUUUGUAUCCAAAAAGAUGAGUAAUGAAGGAGUUAUUUCUUACAAGUGCUUUCAACUGGGUACGGGCUCCGUCCAUGUGGCAUAUGUUGAAUACGUACUGAAUCCUUCAAACUUCUGGAUAAGAACCGAUCACUGCCAAAAUGAGUUUGUUGAGAUGAUGGCAGAGAUUGCAGAAAGAUACAAUAAAUGUGAGCUUAUGGAAAUGUUGAUCGAAGAUCCCCAGCCUGGUCAACUUUGCUGUGCCCUGUAUGCAAAAGACAGCCAUUAUUAUAGGGCUCUAAUCACUGGCGUGCUUAACCCAGACAUUUCUGUUUAUUUCAUUGAUUAUGGGAAUACCGAGACUGUUCCGUUCUAUGAUGUUAAGGUUUUGUUGCCAAAGUUCAGUACUUUGCCUGCAAUGGUAAUGUGCUGCACUCUAGCCUACGCCUAUCCCCAUGAAGAUGUAUGGGUAAAGAGCGCAAAUGAUGCCUUUAAAAAAAUUGUGGCUGGGAAAGCUCUUCUUUGCCAUGUUCUUAAAAAACAUAGGUUCAAGUACGUAGUGGAAAUGCGCCUUUCGGAGAGCUCUGAAAAUUCUGAUAUUGUCUCUCUGUUAGUGCAAGCUGGCUAUGCAGAGUUUUGGAAGACUGAUUUAAAUUCCAGCUCCGUAGACCAAAUGUGUCCAUUGCCAGAAAAGGGUACAAAAUGCAAGAACAAAAAGAGUAGCAGCAAACAUUCUGUUGGGGAGUGUGUGACGAAAGGUGAUAUAAAGGUGUCAUUACGUGAAUGGACAAUGAAGACAAAAUCAGAAGCACAAACGUUUUCCUUUAGUGAAGCAUCAAAUAACAAAAGUUCAAAUAUUUCUCCAAUUUACUUCAAGCAAUAUACAUUCAAGCCUGGGGCCGUUAGGUAUGUUAAGUGUUCUCAUGUGGGGUCACCAGGACUUUUCUGGUGCCAACUCUCUUGCAACCUUACUCGGCUAGACACUUUGAUGGAUGAAAUACAGACUUUCUAUAAAUCUUCAAACGGCAGUUAUCUGCAUGGACAAAUGGCUUGCAUUGCAAGGUCAUCAUGCACUGGAAAGUUUUUCAGAGCUUCUGUUGUGAAACAUAUCUCCAAAAAGGAAGUUGAUGUGAUCUUUGUGGACUAUGGAAGGGUGGAGAGAGUGUUGAUUUCAGAGCUUAGCGAAAUUAAACCCCAAUUCCUUGAAUGGGAAGGUCAAGCUUUUAGAUGUUGCUUGAGCAAGGCAUUAUCUUCUUUUAGUGUUCAUCACACGUGGUCUACCAGUGCUUGCCAGGAUUUUAAGAGUCUUGUAGGCUCUGUCGAUGACAUCAAAUGUACAGUCAUCACUGUGUUAGGUUGUGGCUCCGAGGACCUUUCUAAUUUAGUAGAUCUGGAAACCUCCUGCGGUAAUGCAAACCAUUGGCUAGCUAGCAAAGGACAUCUUACCUUUGAAGGCACAGUUCCGCCUGUUCAUAUACACACAUUUUGUUACUCCAGUUUUGAUCUUGAGGUGGGAAGCAAAGAAUAUGUUUAUGUUUCCUACAUAUAUAAUACAGGAAAAUUUUACUGUCAGCUUGCACAAAAUGAAGAGACUGUUGAGGCAUUAAUGAGCAAGGUGACUGCGUUAGGUGAGCGCACAAGUACUGAAACAGGAAAAAAUGUACAGGGAGUGUGUAUUGCAAAAUAUUUCGAAGAUGGGCAUUUUUACAGAGCUUUGGUGUCUCCCGUAGACUCCGAUAAUUUCCUAGCCUUUUUCGUAGACUAUGGGAACAGCCAUAUGGUAAAGAAAGCUGAUCUGUUGCUUAUCCCUGAAGAAGCUACGGAUGUUUUAUUUGAACCUAUGCAAGCUAUUCCAUGUUAUCUGUCUGGCUUAAAAGAAACCACUUUUACCACAGAAGCUAAAGCUUGGUUUGAAGAACAGUGUUUCGACACGCCUCUUAGCGCUUUGAUUGUAUCCAGAGACAAUGACGGCCAACUGGAAAUGGAAUUGUUUUGCGGAAAUACCUCUGUGAAUAGUAAAAUAAAAGAAAUGUUGGGUGUAGAGUUAAAGCCACCGGAGAAUGCAGUAAAUGCAAAGAGUAGCAGCACUGCACUUCCAGUUGGUGCAAAACAACACCCUCUACCUGAGCUAAGCAAGAAAUCUGAUUCUGAAGUCAAAGACAAUAAAACAACUACAUCUGAUUUGAAUGGAAAUGUCAUUCCACGUCUAAAUUCCAGAUUACUUUUAGAUAGUCCUCAGAAUUCUAUACCUGAAACCUUACAAAAGGAGCCUUUGCAUGACACCAUGCAGGCAUCAAAGUUGCCAAGUUUACUGCAUGUCGGAAAUUCCUGCAGUCCACCAAGUCUUAAAGAACCUUUAAAAUCAACUGAUCUUCCUCAAAUGAUUUUAGAAACUGGCUCCACUCAUCUUGUGUAUGCAUCUCACAUAUGCAGCCCUUCUGAGUUCUACAUCCACCUAGCUACAAAUGAGAAGCAGGUAUUGCAACUAGAGGAAGAGCUAAAUGACACGUCUUUACAACCUAUUGAUGUAAACCAUCUUGAGAAAGGUACUUUGGUUGUCGCUCAGUAUCCAGAGGACAAAGCUUUUUAUAGAGCGGAGAUUAAAGAAAUUUUGAAAAGCAAUUCCUUUGAAGUCGAGUUUAUUGAUUACGGCAAUGCAUCCAAAGUGGAUUUUCCUUCCAUUUUCAAACUCCCUGAAAGAUUUUUUAAUGUACCCAGGUUAAGCAUUUCUGUUCUUCUAACUGGUGCUCAGAAAUGUCAAGAUGGAAAAUGGAGUAAAAAGGCAGCGGACAUGUUUUCUGAACAAGUUACAAAGGAACCAUUCAGUUGUGUUUUUCUUUGCAGACAUGGCAGUCAGUGGGAGGUCAGUAUAACCUUGGAAGGGAAGUCUGUAACAGAGUUUCUUCAAAGCUUCGAGACUCCUCCAGAAUCGUCCGCCUCGGUUAGAAAAGACACCAUCCCAGAUGUGACUUUGAAACCCAAUCAGAUUGAAAAAGUUAAAACCGUUUACCUGUCAAAAAGUGGAACUCUCUUUGUUACCUUGGCCAGCUAUGCAGAAGAUUCCAAACUUGGUGAGCAGAUUUCGGCAGUUGUCAAACAGGCCAACAACCAGCUUGUAGCAAAAGAUAUUUCAGAAGGCAUGGUGUGUUUGGUGAAAUCUGAAAAAAUGCAGACUUGGUUUCGUGCAGCUGUUGAGAAAAUCAUUCCAGGAACCGCAGAGAUGUCUGUGUUCUUUGUGGACCACGGUGCUCAUGAAGUAGUUAGUAUGCACAGUGCAAAAUCCCUUUCUGCUGCAGCUCUAUCAUUGCCUCGUCAGUCUGUUCCUUGUACAUGGAUUUGGAUGGAGAGAGUUGGAAUACAUUUCUUUCGAUCACAAAUGCAGUCUAUUCUGCAAAAGGAGGUGGACAUCCUGUUUCUUAAUUUUUUGCAAGCUGAGAGCUGCUGGAAAGUAGAUAUAUUGGUGAAUAGUGCAAUGCUUAUGGAGGUCUUUAAUACUGCCCCCCAACCCAUUGCACAGGACAUAAGCAAUGCCGUGUCUUCUAAUUUUGAAACUGUAAUGUUGCCAUCUAUUAUACCAAGGGUUCAGCUUAAGUCUCUUGAAGUGCAAGCUGGAUUUGUUACUGCUUUUCAGAACCCCUUCAGUUUUUCUGUCCAGCUAGAGAACUCGGUUGUAUUAAUGAACAAAUUAUCCGAAUUGACUCCAAAACUGACAGAUGACCUCUUGCCCUUAACUGCACAUAUGAUAAGGCUUGGUUCUGCAUGCUUGGUUAGGUGCUUUGGAAUCGAUGAGUGGUGCAGAGCAGAGAUUGCUAGCAUCAACAUGAGCUCUGUUUCACUGAAUCUUCUUGACUAUGGAGUUUACACGUCUAUUCCUUAUUCAGACCACAGCAGACUCAAAGUGAUCUCAAAAGAAAUGGCUAGUCUACCCGCCCUAACCUAUAACUGCAGACUUUACGGUGUUCUUCCCAAAAACGGAAAGGAUUGGUCUGAAGAUGCACUCAAGUACUGCAUGGAUUUUAUUCGGGACUGCGACCUGUUGAUUCUGCCUGUUAAAAUAAUUGACAACAAUGUCACAGAAGUAUCUAUUUAUGGUAAAGGAAAUUUGGCUGAAAAAUUAAUUUCCCAGGGACUGGCCAUUGUCACGAGCAACAAUUGGUGGUUUCCAGGAGCAGCAGCAGAGUCAUGA